CAACAGGGGUGUAUGGGAUGUUUUUUCAUAUUUCAUAUAUAUUUAUUCUAAAAAAGUUUAAAGAAUAUACUAUUAAUAACAACUAUUCUAUAAAACUUUUACGUAGUACGUAGCCGAAAUUAAAUCUCAAUUCUUUGAAACCAUUUAAACUACAAUAUUUUUACAUUUCAGAGUUAUAAUAAAAUAAUUGCUCUGAUUUUACUACACAAAAAAACCCUACAUAAACAUGUUCUGUUGGAGAUAAGAAUCAGAAGGUCAUCGUAUUUGUGUAGUUCGCAGUUCAUUAUUUUUCACUCAUCACGAGGUUCGGUCGUCUUUCGGGUGGGAAGACCUGAUUGAUUUAUGUACUCAAUCAUUCGUGAUUCUGUGCCAAUGGAGUAUGAUAAUGAUGAGAACACUUGGCGUCGUCAUUCAACGCCGAAAAUGGAGCGGUCUACAUGCCAUCAAAUCCCGAAGAGGUCCACAUCUGUUGCAGUGGUAGUACUUGGUCUAGCAGUGCUCAGCUGCUUGCUCGGGUACUGUGUGCUUAGCGAGACGCUACCCUACGAGUCGAAAACUCUACGGCUUGUUGUAAUUCUGUUCCGACAUGGUGCCAGAAUUCCAGUGGAAAGUUAUAACAGUGAUCCAUACAAGAACUAUCAAUGGCCAGAGGGACUUGGUGGACUCACCAAUGCUGGCAAGUUGCAAUUGUAUGAACUGGGAAAAAAGUACAGAAGCUACUAUGCAAACUUUAUUCCAGAGGAAUAUUAUGACAAAGAUGUGUUUGUACGCAGUAGUGACAAAUCCCGCUGUUUAAUGAGUGCAUACACAUUCCUGGCUGGACUGUAUCCACCCACUGAGAGACAGCUGUGGCACCCUGAACUGCCGUGGCAGCCUGUCCCUGUGCACUCACUACCCAAGGAACUGGAUAAUAUAGUUGCUGGAACAAAGCCUUGUAAAGUAUGGAAGGCCAUGUACGAAGAGCAAGUGGCUGAAAAGAAUAGUGAUCCAAAGUUUGCAGAAUUGUUUGAUUAUUUAAGUAAACACACAAAUCAGAGCAUGCGUAGUGUGGUGCCUGUUGACUUCUUGUACAGUACACUGCUAUCUGAACAAGAGGCUGGCUUGAAACUGCCUGAGUGGACGAGAACCGUGUUCCCCAGUAAAAUGAAAACACCAUUCAUGCUGAGCUUAGCUUUACUGUCCUAUAAUGAGACUUUGCAGAGGUUAAAAGUUGGUCCACUGUUAAAAGAGAUGAAGCAGUAUUUGGACGAGGCAGUUCGCCACGAGAACGUGGAUCGCACUCUGUAUGUGUACUCAGGACAUGACGUCACAGUGGUGUCACUCUGGCGUGCCUUGGGCUUUGAUAGCCUUCUGGCACCAGAUUACGGAGCCAGCAUCGUCCUCGAAUUACAUGAAGAUAUUGAACAGGAGACAUUCUUCGUUAAGACAUUCUAUCGUAAUAACACGAAGGUGGAAGUUCCUUUGGAGCUAAAGUUGCCGUUCUGUGAUGACCCAUGCACUUACACACAAUUUACUGAUCACAUCACCAAGUUGAUACCGGAGGACUGGGAGGCAGAGUGUGGCAACAAGUAA